UGUUCAAUUUUUUUUUUUUAUUUCUUUUCAUUCAGUUUCUCUCUCUUAUUGAUUUCUCUCUUGCACAAUUUUUUAUUCCUUUCGCUUCGAUUUCUUGGAGGGUUUCGCAAUUUUAUUUUCACUGAUUAGUACUCGGAACGGGUCAUCAGAAGAAGAUGAUGAGAUGGGAGAAGGUGCAGCAGCAAAGGGGUGGGCCUGGGGUGAGGUGGGGCCACACAUGCAACGCUAUUAGAGGAGGAAAACUUCUUUAUUUGUUUGGUGGAUAUGGCAAAGAUAGAUGCCAGACCAAUCAAGUACAUGUAUUUGACACUGUUAAUAUGACAUGGAGCGAGCCACUGAUGAAGGGAAUACUGCCUACACCGAGGGACAGCCAUAGUUGUACCACAAUUGGAGAUAACCUUUUUGUGUUUGGCGGUACAGAUGGGAAAAAGCCUCUUAAUGAUUUGCAUAUUCUGGAUACUUCCUCAAACAUGUGGAUCUCGCCGAGUGUAAGAGGUGAUGGACCAGAGGCAAGAGAAGGGCACAGUGCAGCACUUAUUGGUAAACGACUCUUCAUAUUUGGUGGAUGCGGCAAAUCCGAGAACAAUGAAAUAUACUAUGACGAUCUCUACAUAUUAAAUACCGAGACAUUUUCAUGGAAACGUGUGGUACCAUCAGGCACUCCUCCAAGUAAGCGCGACAGUCAUACUUGCUCAUCUUGGAGAAACAAAAUUAUAGUGAUUGGAGGUGAAGAUUCAUGUGAUUACUAUCUUUCAGAUGUCCACAUACUGGAUGCAGAUACACUUGUGUGGUGCAAGUUCAAUACUAUGGGGCAGCUGUUACCGCCUCGAGGUGGGCAUACAACAAUUGCUUUUGGCAAGACCUUGUUUGUCUUUGGGGGUUUCUCUGAUGAGCAGAACCUAUAUGAUGACGUUUAUAUGCUUGAUCUCGAAAAUGGCAUAUGGACCAAAGUGAUAGCUUCUGGCGAGGGCCCCUCUGGCAGAUUUUCCAUGGCAGGCGAAAGUUUGGAUCCGCAAAUGGGAGGCGUUCUUGUUUUUAUAGGAGGUUGCAAUAAGAAUCUUGAAGCACUGGAUGACAUGUAUUAUCUACACACAGGGCUUUCUAGGGAGAAUGAACGAGAUGAACGGCGGAUGGAGAAGUUAUCGUUGAGGAAGCAGCUGAAAUUGAAAUGCCGAGUACAGAACAAAGAAGCUCCUGCGUAUGAACCCAAUUACGUGGGAGUUGAACAUGAUGCCACUGUUUACCAUCCAAUGCCAAUUUCAAGUUAUAUGCCAUCAGGUGGACAGAAUUUCUAUUUAAAUGAACACCAGGGUAAGAGGAGCUUCCAAGCUAAAGUCACUAAAAGUGUUCUAGACGGGUAUACUAUUGAAACUGUUAUUGAUGGAAAGCUUCUUCGUGGAGUAUUAUUUUCAAACAAACCAAUCUCCAAGGACACGGUCAACGACGUUUCCAAUAGAAGGAAAAUGGAAGAUGCAGAGAAUGACAGCGCGCAGCAAAAUGACAAUCACAGAACAGCAGUACAAAGUUCAAAACAUGUGGAGCAUUACAUGAAUGAUGUUGCGCAAACAGAUAGUACUCAUGACGAAAAGAGAGUAGCUGAAGUCCAGAUGGAAGCUGCUAAUGCAGAAAUGAAGAAUCCAGCACUUGACGCCCAGGUGGAAGCUGCUUCUACAGAAAUGAGAAGUCCAGCAACUGUUGAAUUUUCAUCGUCGGAAGAGCAGGUAAUUGGAGCCUCAGAACCCGCUAUGGUACCUGAUGUGGACACGGGAAGUCAUGGCACAGAUUAUUCGUCAUUCUCCAAUGCUGAAAUUCUCCCAUAAAACCCAUCUGCAGCUGAGGAUCACAACUCCCCUUUCUUAAAUUAAGGUGGUGAAAGGUAUAAGAACUAAUCUCUGACAGAAAAUAUUUUGCUGCAAAAAAUGGUGAUAGCUUCUUUGAAUGCCAUUUUAGGACAAAUCAAAGUAGAAUGCCAGGUAAUUGUAUAUAGGUUGAAUCAAGGACGUUAUGAUGACGUAGAUUAUUGGCGGAUUUUAUAACCCUCAUCGGAAAUUUUGGUUACAGUUGUUGUCUUGGGUAUGACCACAUCACAUUGUAACCACAACUCGGUAGAAGUUCAGCUUCACUAUUAGCACACUAACGAAGAUUUGUGGCAGUUACCUAAUGUUAUAGAGGUGAUAGUUCUUGAUA